CCUCUGCAGAGUUUUGGGAGCUCUCCCUUUCUGCGAACAGCAGCAGCAGCAGCAGCAGCAGCUCGCCUUCUUUGACAGCCGACACACUGGCGCAGAGUCCGAGCACAAAUCUUUAAACAUUUGUAAAUAUUUUUUCGGGCAUAAAGCGAGAAUUCAGAGCGACACCUUCUACUCAUCCUCUUCCGGAGCAAAGCGCUGGAGCGGCGGCCUCGUCUAGAAUGGGGAACCGAGACGACGAAUACGAUUUCUUAUUCAAAGUCGUGUUAAUCGGAGACUCGGGCGUAGGAAAGAGCAACCUGCUCUCUCGAUUCACACGGAACGAGUUCAACCUCGAGAGCAAAAGCACCAUCGGCGUGGAGUUCGCCACACGCAGCAUUCAGGUGGACGGCAAGAUGAUAAAGGCCCAGAUCUGGGACACGGCAGGACAGGAGCGCUACAGAGCCAUCACGUCAGCAUACUACAGAGGGGCGGUGGGGGCGCUGUUAGUGUACGACAUAGCCAAACACCUGACCUACGAGAAUGUGGAGCGCUGGCUGAAAGAGCUGAGAGACCACGCCGACAACAACAUCGUCAUCAUGCUGGUGGGCAACAAAAGUGACCUGCGUCACCUCAGGGCCGUGCCCACAGAUGAAGCCCGCGCCUUCGCAGAGAAGAACAAUCUGUCGUUUAUAGAAACAUCAGCCUUGGACUCAACAAAUGUUGAAGAAGCCUUCAAAAAUAUUCUUACAGAAAUAUAUCGCAUUGUAUCGCAAAAGCAGAUUGCUGAGCGGUCCGCCCACGACGAGUCCCCGGGAAACAACGUUGUGGACAUCAGCGUUCCGCCCACCAUGGACGGCCAGAGGGGAAGCAAACUGCAGUGCUGUCAGAACCUGUAAUCCAUGGCAACGUUCCCUCACCUGGGUUAAUUAUUAGUUGAAAUCCACAGUGUUGAAAUGGUUUCAUCUGUCCCCGAGAGCAACAUUAUCUGAAUCUGCACUUUUUAAAUCUGUGGAGUCAGUUCUGUAAUGCCACAAAUGAUCAAUCCCAGAGAGAAGAAGAGUUGGAUUUUGAGUUUUAAUCUGACCCAGGUACAGUCAGCUACAUUCUGGUGCAAAAACAGGACUGAGGGUACAACAUGAGCUGCUACUACUGUUAGCUAACCAUGGCAGUGUAGCAGAAUAGCCUUGUCGGAGACCUUGAAAGUCUGGACAUUUCUUUGGUAAUUGCCACAAACUUGGAGCGGACUGGGUUGUAAAGCCUGCCGCUUCAGUUCGUAUCUGCAGUCCUGUUUUUGGGCUUCUCUCUGCCUACUUCAGUCAUCAUCUCUAAAAAAGAAUUGUUGUGAUGCUGCUGACGCUUAGUUCGUUUUGUGUAAAAUAUAUUCUUUGUUUUGAUAGCUUGUCUGCUCACAUACAUUAUAUUAAUGCCAUGAAAAUAAAUUUUACAAUAUUU